GGCCCUCUGGCUGCCAAGGGGAAGGGUGACAGAGUCAGCUGGGCUCAGCUUCAAGGGGACCAGGUAGGAGACCUGCCAAGUUACUUGGGGGGGACCAUGGCCAGUGCAGAAUCCUCACUGCUCACAACCCUAGGGCCCAACUCAGCUCCUGGCAACAGUGAGGUGGAGCUGGACUGCUGGUUUGAUGAAGAGUUCAAGUUCAUCCUGCUGCCUGUGAGCUACGCAGUUGUCUUUGUGCUGGGUCUAGUACUCAAUGCUCCAACCCUCUGGCUCUUCCUCUUUCACCUCCGACCCUGGGAUGCAACGACCACCUACAUGUUCCACUUGGCUUUGUCAGACACGUUGUAUGUGCUGUCACUGCCCACCCUCAUCUACUAUUAUGCAGCCCGAAACCACUGGCCCUUUGGCACUGAGCUCUGCAAGUUCAUCCGCUUCCUCUUCUACUGGAACCUCUACUGCAGUGUCCUUUUCCUCACCUGCAUCAGUGUGCACCGCUACCUUGGAAUCUGCCACCCUCUGCGAGCAAUACGUUGGGGCCGCCCAAGACUCGCAGGCCUUCUCUGCCUGGCAGUUUGGUUGGUUGUAGCCAGCUGCCUUGUGCCCAACCUGUUCUUUGUCACAACCAGCUCCAGGGGGAAUACCAUCCUGUGCCAUGACACCACUCGGCCUGAGGAGUUUGACCACUAUGUUCACUUCAGCUCAGUAAUCAUGGGGCUGCUCUUUGGCAUACCCUGCGUGGUCACUCUUGUCUGCUAUGGGCUCAUGGCCCGGCGCCUGUAUCGGCCUUUGCCAGGGUCUUCCCAGUCGUCUUCUCGUCUGCGUUCUCUCCGCACCAUUGCAGUGGUUCUGACUGUCUUUGCUGUAUGCUUCGUGCCUUUCCACAUCACCCGCACCAUUUAUUACAUGGCAAGGCUGUUGGAAGCUGAUUGCCAGGUGCUGAACAUUGUCAACGUGGUCUACAAAGUGACCCGGCCUCUGGCCAGUGCCAAUAGCUGCCUGGAUCCUGUGCUCUACUUGCUCACUGGGGACAAGUAUCGUAGGCAGCUCUGGAAGCUCUGCAGUGGUGGCACCCCCGAGCCUCCCAGGGCUGCCUCCUCCCUGGCACUGGUGUCCCUACCUGAGGGCAGCAGCUACAGGAGGACAAACCCCCAGGAUAGUGGCUGCCCUACCCCUAGGGCAGAUAAAUUGUAGCACUGGAAGCCUGGAAGGAAGAGAAAAGGGGGUGAGUGCAGGGCAGAGGUGAGGGAUCCUAAUGGUGACAACUCAUAUUGUUGCUUCCUCUUAGUUCCAGGGCUCUGGUGAGUGGCCCUCUCUCUGAGGGUUAGGGGGAGCCAGGAAAAUCACGUGUGACCCCAACUCUCAUAAAUCCUUCAGUUGCCCUCUACUUUUUAGCCAAAGGCAGUAGCAGCCACUCUUUCUCCUCUACUUCUUCCUCUUAGUUUCCUGGGGCCAUUGGUCCUGUUUCUUGAUCCUAGGAACCCUUCCCCAGCCUUUCUUCCCCCUCCUUUCCCCCACAUCCUUGUAUAGCAUGUGUUACUCCAGUCAGACCAGAGCAUUCAACUGGAAGAGUGGAGAAGCUGCCGUAAUCUCAGGGUUGGCUUGAUUUAUCUGACGGUGACAGCCAGAAUUAGGAGGUAGGGGCACCAGUAUGUCACAGAUGCCAAAGAUAUGACAUAUGUAGCUCCCAUAGCCACUUUCCGGUUUCCCUGUGAGGACAGGAUAGUCUGGCCUACUUAGGUGCUGAAAUAGGGCACAAUCCAAGACAGCCUGAAUGCCAGGGUCUCCACAUGCAGCUGGAGGCAUGGCACUGUUGAACUGGUGUGUAGCAGCUAGGUAGAGAGGGAACCCUGAGUCUUACCAUGGGCUAGGAAUUUUGAAGAGCCUUGAGGGCAUGACCCAAUCUGAUAAAGGACUUUGGAACAGGAAUGGGACAGGACCUCCUUUAUGAAGUUUGCUGAGGGCAUAUCUGACAGUUCUGUAUUUAAUGAAAGGAAGAGGGGAAUGGCUCAGAAGGGAGGGAGGAGCUUUCAUGUCUAUGGCUGUAAGUUCCAGCGUUAAGGGGCAGAGCAUGUUUGUGCAGAGUUUGGGAGUGGUGACAGGGAUUGACGUUAGAGCUGGCUCUUCACUGGUCUCUUCCAUUUCUCUAGCUCCUGCCCUAGAUAAAUAAUAAACAAGUCACCAGUUCUUUCAGAUCAAGAUUUAUGGUUUUGAGGCCAGAGAAGGGCACUGGGACCAGGACAACUCCCUUCAGAGUCUCGCAUUCAGUCACCCACCCUCUCCCAGCUGCAUCUUAGUGCCCUUAAGCAUGGAUAUGGGGGGGUAUGGAACUUGGGGAGCUAAUUCACAAGCAUUGGGAAGUAAGAGUUUCUGGGCAGGCCUUCAUGAGAAGGGUGGGCUCACACUUCUAGGCAACUCCUUCUGAAAUGGCCUUCCAGCUUAUUGGUCUCCUGAGUCUUCAGCCUUCUUUUUCUGUUGCCCUACCCUUGCUGACCUGCCUCUGAUCUCUUAUCUAUUAGCUUACUCAGUCUUACUAGUUCUCUCUGGAAAGUAAAGUUGGGACUGGUCUGGAGAAAUAAAAUGACUUCAAUCCCCUGAGUCCCCCUUUCUAUUCUUUUAAGUGUGCUCUUUUCCUCUCUAGAUAUCCAGGACCCGGCUGUUACCCGGGACCCCUUUUAGGAGUAAAUGAACUGGCCUUCUUACUAGUCUCCCAGUCUCAUAGCCACUGCCUAAACUCUUACACAACCUGUUCCUCAUCUGUACUCGCUUCCUUUUAUUCCUAUGACCACAGCCUCCUUGUCUAUCACCUCUCCUACCCACAAGCCCGACCCAGGAAAGUGGCUCUCUCCAUCACAACAGACCCAGCCUCCUCCAUUUCUCCAGUCCAUUUAACUCCCAUAUGCUUGAACGAGACUAACUCCCCAGACUUUGUGGUCUGCUACUUUAGGACUGCCUUUCCUCUCAUUCCAACUUUAGUUAAAUACCUUAAUUUUCACUGUGGGCCAAUCUUUUCCUCUCUCCUAGAUUAUAGGAGACUGCAGAUGAAGCCAGAACACAAGGAUGUCUUGGAAUGUCAUUUAAACCUCCAUCCCUCUUAGUCUGCUGAGAUCCUAAUGAACAUUCAGAGGGACUGUUUCCUAUCUUUUACACUUUUUCAAGACACCAAUUUCAUCCUACCCUAUGAUCUGUUAAGAUUUACCUUGCCUCCUGGGCCAUUGGUCCUGUUUCUUGAUGCUUCCUAGAACUGAGAAAAUCUAAUACCUCAACUUCUUUCUGCUUCAUUUAGGAUAACUUUACUUCUAUAUCCAUCCCAUCUUUCUCCCUUUCUUCCCUGCAGUCCCAGAAUAAGAGGUGGUCUCUUAUUUUGUUAUUUUGUGCAUCUGUCUUCAUAAUUUUCAAUCUCUUCUGUAACUAAUUUUGUUCUGUCUUAAAACACACACACACACACACACACACGCCAACCAAAUGAAAAUAAAGCAUUACAUUACCACUGAUAUCUUAACCUGCUGUCUCUUCUAGCUAUCAUCUUAUUCAUUUCACUGUCAUUUCUAGAACGAGUACCAUAAAACUUGUUUCCUCACCACAAAGUCACCCAUUAACUCUCCUAAUUUGGUUUCCUUUCCACACUUUUUUGUAUCUAGAACACAAAUUACCUCAUAAGCAAGACCUUUAAUGAUCUUUUCUCUACCUUUAUUGUCUUUGACUUCUCUAGGAUGUCCUUGUUGCAUAUUCCCUUUAAAAUUUUUUUGUGUAUUUUAUUUUUAAAAUUUAUCUUCAUUGCUGAAAGUAUUACAGAUGUCCCCUUUCCCCCCUAUUGAUUCCCUCCACCUCACUCCCACAUGCCCCCCACCCCAGGCCUUCACUGCACUAUUGUCUGUAUCCAUGGGUUAUGCACAUAUGCAUGUAAGUUCUUUGGUUAAUCUCUUCCUGUAUAAAAACAGCACUAAAAAAUUUCACUAUGACAACAUUAAGGAAAUUUUGAAAGAAAAUAAUCACCUAUAUUUUCCAGCCCUCGACAACUGCUUUCAUUUUUUCAUGUUCUAUGCUUUUUCAGUUUGUAUAAUACAUACAUAUUUUAUAUAAGUAUAAUCAUAGUGUACAUAUUUUUUGAAAUUCUGCAAAAAUAUUUUAUUGUAAAUAGUCUCUUUGUGCUACAGUCUUUCCUGUUUAUCAUUUUCAAAGACUGUAUAAAAUUACAUCUAUCAGUAGAUUAUACUUUAUUAGACUAUUCCCCUGUUACUGGACAUUUAGGUGAGUCCCAAUUUUUCUGUGCUUUGAAUAUCUUAAUGCAUAUGACUUGUUUCUUCUUUGUAAUUCUGUUCCUAGGACAAAUUCCCAGGAGUGGGACUGCCAGAUCCAAGAACAUGAACGUUUUUAUGGAUCUUGAUUUUCAAAAGGACUACACAAAUCUGCAACACCACAAUGACACAUGAGUUUUUCCAGUUACCUUACAGCUCUAGCAUUGGACUUGAAAAAUAUUUUGGAGUGAUUUAAACAUUAAUUUAUUAAUUCCACUGCUCUGGCUACUCAUGCGAUUGAACACUUCCCCAUAUGUUUACCAUUUGCAUUUCGUCUUGUGUUAACUAUUUGUUCGUAUCCUUCUUCAACUGGCAUUUCAGUGGUAUUCUUAUGUAUCUAAAUAUAUUCUUUAACAUACAUAUUAACCCUUUGUCAUAUUUGUAUAUAUAUUUCUUCCAUUUAUUGUAGUACUUUUAAUUUUAGUUUCUUAUUUUAUCCCCCUGAUUUAAAAUUUAUUUACUUCUACUUUUAUCUCUCUUAUUACUUCCUCUCUCUUUGCUGGAUUCUCUUUAUCCUUUACUCCCUAAAGUGAACAGAAUUCCACGUUCAGUCAUAGUUAUAGCAUUUGGGGAUUAUUUAACCCUGUCCCCCAUCCGAUCCUUGAUUUUCUUUUGGAGAGAACAUAUAUGCACAUGAGUAUAACUUAGUUGAAUUAUAGUCCUUGAGUACCUCAGAAAUCUUCCAGGGCCUGGGCACUCCCUCACUUUACAGAGGACAAAACAGGCCCGGAGAUAUGACUUGCCAGUGACUUAUCAAAUUAGUGACAGAGCAGGUACUAAGUUUCAGGUCUCCUGAUUCCCAGAGAUCCUUCCAUAAGCUUGAAAACUCUCAGGCAACUUCAUCUCUUCUCCCUCCCUGUUCCAUGAGAUUCUGGCAUUUCUUUCUUCAUCAUGUCAAUUACAAUUUUAUGAUCCCAGUGCUACCAUUCUAAUACUGGCUCUUGCCACUUUAUCUUUGACUGACUGUCUCAGCCUCCUAAUUGGUCUUCCUUACCCCCAGUCUCUCCUCACAAGAUUGCAUUCUAUGCAAUGCGUACUGCCAGAUGAAUUGGCCAAACACUGCUUUCACGCUAUUACUCAAUACUCUUUCAUGGUAUCCCCAUGUCUACAAGACAAAUUUAAAUUCUUUAGUCAGAAAUUCAAGAGGGCUUUUUCAGUCUCAUUUUCUAUUCUUCCCCAAUACAAAUCUAUUUUCUUCCACUCAUUUGAUCUCCUCAUUCUUUCUCCAAAUAAGACUUGCUCUUUCCUACCUCUGCACCUUUAUUUUUCCUUUGCCCCACCCUUUCUUCUCCCACUGUCUUUUUCCUACUUCGUUACCAAGGCCACUUCCUCUUUGAGACCUUCUCUGCAGAAUCUCACCCAGUGAACUUUCUGGUCACUCCUAUGGUUAUUAUUGUCUAUGAGUCAUUUGUCACUUUUAUUGUCUUUUGCUAUCCUAU